AGAUUAUAAGGAGCAGGAGAGAAGCCCAGGUGCUUCUCAGCCAGGCCACUGCACUCCCCAGAUGUCCCCCGUGGAGUACAGCCAGCUUGUUUCAGCUCAGAGCCAGAAGAUGCCUACCAGGAACCAAACAGUGCUGACAUCUGCAUAUUGUAGCAUGCCUGAGAGAGCCUCCACCCAGAACUCCAGAGCCCACCCUGGAACAGCCAUUGGAUUCCACUGUGUAGAGUCAAGUGAGACUGUUUCUGUGAACCAGCAUGUCCUGUGUGCUGACCAGACACUGUGGCCAGCAGGCGCUCAGCUGAUAGAGCUCGAGGACACCCAGGACAUAUGCCUCCCAAAUGCCCAGAGAUCAGCAAUACCGGACACCCAGAACACCGUCCAAGAGGAAGGCUGCUGGAUGAAGACCCUGAGUGCCAACAACACCCUGGUGACCUUCAGUACAGCCCAGAAUGAGAGUCAGAGGAUUACCCUUGGUGACAGCCAAGUUGCUCUCUGUGGAAGGCCUGCUGACCAGAGCCCAAAUGAGGAUCAUCGAAUGGCCUGGGCAUGUGACCAGACCUUCAGUGGUGACAUGGGGAUGCCUGUCAAUGGUGACCACACCUCCUACAGUCAGGUGAAAACCAGGAAUGGAGGGCAAGUUCUCUAUGAAAGUCAGAUGACAGCACCCAGUUGUAACCAGAACCUUCAACCCAGUGGAAUCAUUACCUUUUUUUCUGACCAGGCUCAUUUUGGGGAUGAGCAGAGGAGCCCCGUAGCUGAUGAGUUGUUCUAUGGGGAUCAGAUGAUAGCCCACAAUGGACACCAGGCUUUAUUUGAGCCUCAGAUGACAGACACCUGUGACCAGGUAGACUACUCUGGUCUGAUGACAUCCUCCACUGGUCAGAAUGUCUACAGAGGUCAGACCCAGGGUGGUGAAUACACUCUUUGUGGGUACCAAGCAUCAGGUGACAGAGAUGGCCAGAAUGUCCCUGUGGAUUCCCAGAUGACAAGGCUAAAUGGUGGUCAGGCUCCCUGUGACCUUCAGAUGCCAAACCCUGGUUUGAGCCCAGCUCUUCAUGGGAGCAAGUGGGCAAACCCCAGUACAGUAGAAAAUCUUUCGCUUCAGUAUCUCCAGACAACUUCCCCUUGUGAACAGCCUUUCUACUGGAGCCAGAUGAAGACCUCUGUCCACCAGAAGUUCCACCCAGAUCAGAAGGGACCAGCCAAUGUUGAAGAAAGCCUAGAACCUCAGAUGAUGUCACUUAGUAGCCAAUGUCCCUAUGUGGGUGGAUCCCCACAUCCUUCAAGUUCCCUUUUGGCCCAAAGGCAACCUCUGGAAAGCUUUUCAGCUUCCCCUUCAGUCCAGAGACAACUGCCACAGACAGAGUCAGACCUCCAUACCCAGGGCCAUGGGACCCAGGUGAAGGCUGACAGUUUGAAGAUCUUCUCCUGUCUGUACCAGGGCUGUGGGAAAACUUACACAAAGUCUCACCACCUCUUAGACCACAGGAGGAAGCACACUGGGGAGAAGCCCUAUGUGUGCAAUAAGCCUGGAUGCCCAUGGAAAUUCUUCCGCUCUUCAGACCUGCGCAGACACCAAAGAAAGCACAGUGGGGAACGGACCUACCCCUGUGCCAAGUGCAACAAGAACUUUUCCAGAGUGGCUUACCUCAAGCAGCAUGAGAGAGUCCAUACUCAAGCUUCAUCUAGCACUGGAAACUGA